AUCAGUAAUUGGAUGCAACGCCAAUAGUAAGGAAAUUGUCUGGAAGGAUAACAAAAACUUGUCUGUGCCUGAUGUAGAACAUGAAGCACAUACUGAAAAAGAUCCUACGAUGUCAUAAGAUACAAAGGAAGAUAAAUUUUAGCUCUGCAGAAAAAAAUGGAGAGGUUUUGUCUAAAACAGAAGAUUAAAGAGCGUUGCCUGGAAGAAUUGUUUUUUGAGAGUUUGGGCCCAUUGAACCUUAUUAUAUGGAAAAGUUAAUUUUGACAUCACCAGAGAAUCCGAUGAUAUCAACAAAUAUACUAAAGCUUCACCACACCCCUUGAGGGAGUUCACUUUGAGUAUACUCUGUCCCCUACUCCGUCUAUACGCGUUGUACAAGUGUAAGGAAAAGAAAAAAAACCUCUAAAGAAGAGGACGAGGAAACACCGAGGAAUCACUAUGCAGUUAGCUUGAAUGCAAACGAACUUCUUGUUAAUUGAACUUCAACAUCGUAUCGCGCGCUUUGUUUCGCGCGCGAUUAAUUUAAUUAUACUCGAUUUGGCGACUUCCCUCAGGGAGCUAGAAGUUCUCGUGGGAUGGAUCUGAACGAUGAAGACGAGAGUGGAAACGAGAACGGCAGGCAGCUAUUUCUGGUGGGCACGCCGCGCGAUCCACUUGUAUCAGCCGGUGCGAUCGUAGCAUCGUCGACGAAUGUCUCCGACGACGUCAAUCAGAGUGACGAUCUGCAGUCGACUGCCCUGACUGGUCUAAUCGGUGGCGCGCAAUCCACCUCCGUUUGCUUCCCUGCAAAAUUCACAUAUGAUUUCUCGACUGGUCCUGAAAGCGAAGAGAGACCAUCCUGCAUCAUCGGCAAAAGAAAGCAGCGUAGGUACCGCACCACAUUUUCCAAUUUUCAGCUGGAGGAGUUGGAACGUGCUUUUCAGAAGACCCAUUAUCCCGAUGUUUUUUUUCGGGAGGAACUCGCAGUUCGUAUCCAACUGACAGAAGCUAGAGUACAAGUGUGGUUCCAAAAUCGGAGAGCAAAAUGGCGCAAGCAAGAAAAGCAAUGUAAAAUCGCAACUCAUAUGACAUCAUCGCACUUACCACCGGAUUGUCAAGAAGUGCAGCAACAUCAAUCGCAACACUCGGAUCAUUUGUUAUUGGAAUCACCAUGCAGUCCUAUAUAUCUCGGCAUGGAGUGGGCAGGUUUUUCUCCUUAUAACAACACAGACAGCGCAUCAUCUCUUAUCGUGAACAACAUGAACAAAUCAACGGAGACAGAAGCUGACAAUAAUCCACUGCUCGAUCCUGAAUUGUUACAAUUAAAGCCUCCACGUUCCUAAUAAUAUUAAGAAUAUACGUAUAUAUAAUAUAUUGUUUGUAAUUUAGAUAACGUUCCAUGCUUUCUGAGAAGUUACGCGAUUAGUAUUAUAACUGAAAUAACUUGCAAUAUAAUUUUAACAUAGAGAAUAUAUAUAUUGCGCGCGUAAAGAAGGCUAUUGCUUGUCGAACAACGAAUGAAGUUUUUAUAAUGAAAUUGGAAUUUUUAUAUUAAUGAUUGCACGAAUGCAUUAUUUAAAAAAUGCCAUUCGGGGCCUUAUUAACGAUUCAUCAUUCGUCGAUGAAAAAAGUCGCGAUCAUAUUGAUAAAAAUGAUCGUA